AUGGCACCCAGAAAUAAGCUGUUCCUCGGCCUGUUUAUACACAGCACGGCGCUCAACGAGCUUGAGUACCUGCACAAUACAGCCGUGUGCGUCGAUGGGAAGGGGACGAUUGUUGCCGUUGAGAAGGAUUGCGACGAGGAUAAGGCGAAGCAGACGGUGUUUCCGCGGCUGGGGUGGGUGGAAGCAGAGGUGGAGGUUGUCAAGGCGGAAGAAGGGCAGUUCUUCUUCCCGGGAUUUAUCGACACACAUAUCCACGCUCCGCAGUACCCCAACGCCGGCAUAUUCGGCGAUUCCACCCUCAUGGACUGGCUCGACACCUACACCUUCCCGCUAGAAGCCUCCUUUUCCGACCUCGCCAAAGCGCACCGGAUCUACAACCGCGUCAUCCGCAAGACGCUCUCCCACGGCACGACCUGCGCCGCCUACUACGCGACCAUCCACGUGCCGGCGACCAACCUGCUCGCGGACCUCUGCCACGAGCGCGGCCAGCGCGCCCUCAUCGGCCGCGUGUGCAUGGACCAGACGCCGCCCGCCUACUACCGCGACGAGUCCGCCGAAGCCUCGCUCGCCGCCACGCGCGCCAGCAUCGCCCACAUCCGCGCCCUCGACCCCACCCACUCCCUCAUCCGGCCCAUCAUCACCCCGCGCUUCGCCCUCUCCUGCACCUUCCCGCUCCUCCAACAACUCGGCACCCUGGCCGCCGAGACCGGCCUGCCCAUCCAGACCCACAUCUCGGAGAACAAGACCGAAAUCACCCUCGUCAAGCAACACUUCCCCCGCUCCCUCACCGGCGCGGCCGACGACAGCUACGCGGGCGUGUACGACGCGGCGGGCCUGCUGACGGCGCGCACGGUGCUGGCGCACGCGGUGCACCUGACCGAGGGCGAGGCGGCGCUGGUCGCGCGCCGCGGCGCCAAGGUCAGCCACUGCCCCUGCAGCAACUCGGCGCUGGGCAGCGGCGCCGCGCCCGUGCGCCGGCUGCUGGACCGCGGGAUCGGCUGUGGGCUGGGCACGGACGUCAGUGGCGGGUAUAGUCCGAGCGUGUUGGAGGCGGCGCGGCAGGCGGUUUUGGUCAGUCGGCAUGUGGUGUUUAUGGGGGAGGCGGGGGGUGGGAGGGAGAGGGCGAAGCUGAGCGUGGAGGAGGCCUUGUUUCUGGCGACGCGCGGCGGGGCCGAGGUGGUUGGGCUUGAGGGGCGGGUCGGUUGGUUUGGGGUUGGGAUGGAGUGGGAUGCGCAGUUGGUCGGGCUUACGGUGGUCAGGGAAGAUGGGGAGGUUGAGGAGGGCGAUGGCGGUGGGGAUGUGGAUGUGUUUGGGUGGGAGAGCUGGCCGGACCGGGUGGCCAAGUGGGUGUAUAACGGCGACGAUAGGAAUACGAAGCAGGUGUGGGUGAGGGGGCGGGUGGUGCACACGCGGAAGUAG